AUGAAUAAUACAACCGAUCUUUUAAAUAAUGAAAAAAAGAAGAAAAAAAAGACAAAAAAGCGAAGUAAAACACAAAGUACUACAGAAGCAACAACUGAGGAUAAUUCAACAACAAAAAAAAAGCGUGGUAAAAGUAGAGAUAAAAUACAUUUAGAUGAUCAGGGAAAUUUUAUUGAAGAUGAAGGAAGAAAACGUCGAGGAAGUUAUAGAAAAUUAAAAAAAGCCUAUGAAAUUAUGACAAAAAAAAUAAUUCAUGAUCCAAAAUUAAUUGGUGUAUUACCUUCAUUACCACUAUUUUAUCAACAAAUUGUUGUUCCGGUAAGAGAUAGACACAAUUACAAUGAACAAACAAAAACUGUUGGUUGGGAUUUUAAUGAAAUAUUAGCAAAACCAUCCAUUUUAGUUAUUGGAAGCUCCAAUGCCGGUAAAACAUCUCUUAUAAAUUAUUUACUUCGUGAAAAAAAAGGUUACCAAUCACAUUAUGAUGCUGUAAAAGAUUUUAAAUCAUCUUUGACGCAUCUUAUCUAUGAUGAAUCUCCAAAAUUGAUUCGUAAUUCUGAUACUGUAAACGCCAAAUCAUGGCCAUUUCGUGAAAUAACAAAGUUUAACAAAGAAAAAAAUGGUUGUCAACUUCAGUUACUUCAAAUAAAAAGUCCAUUACUAAAAGAAAUUACAUUCAUAGAUUCACCACCUCUUACGGAUGAUUUGUUGCCUCCUCUUUAUAUGCUAGCAUCUACUGGCUAUUAUCAAUUAUUGUCUAACUUGAUUAGGAAAGUUGAUUUGAUAUUUUUUGUAACAACUUCAAAUGCAUUUACUAGUUCUAUUGAUAAGAUUAUUCCUUUAUUAAGUCCAUAUAUUUAUAAGACAGUUUUUUGUCUUAAUAAAUCAGAUCAAUACAAAAAUUUUGCUGAUCUUACAAAAGAUAGAAAAAAAUUUAGUGAUAUUAUUUUUAAAUUAAUUACUACAGGAGAACCAAAGAUUCUGUGUACAUAUUUCAAAGGAUAUUUGUCAACUUCUGAAAUAAGAAAAUACGUUCAUGAUGAUAUGGAGACACUAUUGUCAAGAAUUAAAAAAUUUCCAACUCAAUAUAAAGUGUCAAGACUUCUUUCAUUGCAAAUUCAUAUGUUGGAGACUAUUCAAAAUGCUUAUAUUCAUAAUGAAAUUCGUAAGAGAGAAAAAAAAAGUUUAGUAAAAAUAUUAUUAAAUGAGGAUAGAGAUGAAAUUAAUAAAAAUUUAGCUGAUUUACCAUAUAGUGAGACUUUUUUAAAGAAUUUUAAUGAUGAUACUAGUAAUGCUCUUGAAAAAUGUAAUUUAGCCAAAGUAAAAAAUAUGAAACCUGAUGAUAUUGAUGCUUUGAGAGCUUUCCUUAUUAAUGAUUACCCUUACAUUCAAAGUGUUGCAGAAGAAGAACCUGAAAUUCAUAUUAAGUUUUUGCUUCCACUUUGUGAUCCCAAUAAAGAUCCAUCACUUACAGUUAAUGACAAGAAGAAGGUUAUAAAGGAAAUUAAAAUAGCAAUUCCGACGAACGAUGAAGAUGAAGAAGAGGAAGAAGAUGAUGAUGAUGAUUACUUUAAAAAAAAUAGUGUAUCUAAAACUACAGAUACUGAAAAAAACAUAAAAAAAGAUAAAAAAAAACAAAAAUUUAUAACAUUAGAUAAAGCUACAAUUGAAAAUAUGAUCAAGGAAAAAAAUUAA